UGCGGAUUUGCUCCACGGGUACUCUAGUCAGCUGCAAUGCUGGGAUCAGCGCGUGCGAGAAGGGCGAGCAGUGGCAAUGGGCACUGGCGCUGCUGAGCGAGAUGCGGGAGGCAAAGCAGGAGCCCGACGGCAUCAGCUACAGCGCUGGGAUCAGCGCGUGCGAGCAGGGCGAGCAGUGGCGGCGGGCGCUGGCACUGCUCAGCGAGAUGCGCGAGGUGAAGGUGGAGCCCAACGCCAUCUUCAGCUACAGCGCUGGGAUCAGCGCGUGCGAGAAGGGCGAGCAGUGGCAGCGGGCGCUUGCGCUGAUGAGCGAGAUGUGGGAGGUGAAGGUGGAGCCCGAC